ACUCCAGCGCUUCACCCCCGCGCUGUGCUCUCUGUCGGCGGCGUGGGGCAGCUGUGGCGGCGGUGGCGGCAGCCGCGUCGACGUCGACCAAGACUGGAGCAACGUUUAAAGAAGGAGCAUAAUCGCCGGGGAAUCCCGCUUCUUGUUGUCGGAGGGCUCUCACCCUUCCGCGCGGCCCGAGGAGGAGAAGCGGCGGCGCCGGGAAGCAGGCAUGGAGAGCAGAAAACUGAUUUCUGCUACAGACAUUCAGUACUCUGGCAGCCUGUUGAACUCCUUGAAUGAGCAACGUGGCCAUGGACUCUUCUGUGAUGUUACCGUUAUUGUAGAAGACCGAAAAUUCCGGGCUCACAAGAAUAUUCUUUCAGCUUCUAGUACAUACUUCCAUCAGCUCUUCUCACUUGCCGGGCAAGUUGUUGAACUGAGCUUUAUAAGAGCAGAGAUCUUUGCAGAAAUUCUCAAUUAUAUCUAUAGUUCUAAAAUUGUUCGUGUUAGAUCAGAUUUACUUGAUGAGUUAAUUAAAUCAGGGCAGUUAUUAGGAGUGAAAUUUAUAGCAGAGCUUGGUGUCCCACUGUCACAGGUUAAAAGCAUCUCAGGUACUACUCAGGAUGGUAAUGAUGAAACUUUACCUUCUGGUUCUAGUGACAAGAAUCUUGUAAUACAAAAAUCAAAAGAUGAAGCCCAAGAUAAUGGGGCUACUAUAAUGCCUAUUAUAACAGAAUCUUUUUCAUUAUCUGCUAAAGAUUAUGAAACAAAAAAGAUCAUUGUUACCGAUUCAGAUGAUGAUGAUGAUGAUGAUGUCAUUUUCUGCUCUGAGAUUCUGCCUGCAAAGGAGACUUUGCCAAGUAACAAUGUAGUGGCACAGGUGCAGCCUAACCCAGGCCCCGUUGCUAUUUCAGAUAAUGCAUCUUGUGUUACCAGUAGCUCUCCCCCUUUAACAAAUAUCACACCUACUCAGAAAAUUCCUACUCCUGUGAAUCAGGCAACUCUGAGCCAAACACAAGGAAGUGAAAAAUUGCUGGUAUCUUCAGCUCCAACACAUCUGACUCCCAACAUUAUUUUGUUAAAUCAGACACCACUUACUACACCACCAAGUGUCAGUUCUUCACUUCCAAAUCAUACGUCCUCUUCAAUCGAUUUACUUGUACAGAAUCAGCAGACAUCAAACAGUGCUCUUUUAACGGGAAACAAGGCCAAUGAAGAGGAAGAGGAGGAAAUUAUAGAUGAUGAUGAUGACACUAUUAGCUCCAGUCCAGACUCGGCAGUCAGUAAUACAUCUUUGGUCCCACAGGCUGAUGCCUCCCAAAAUACCACUUUUGAUGGAUCAUUGAUACAGAAGAUGCAGAUUCCUACGCUUCUGCAAGAACCACCUUCCAAUUCUUUAAAAAUUUCGGAUGUAAUUACUAGGAACACUAAUGGUCCAGGUUUAGGACCAAAACAUCUAAUGGAGGGUCAGAAGAUCAUUACUUUAGACACAGCUACUGAAAUUGAAGGCUUGUCAACUGGUUGCAAGGUUUAUGCAAAUAUUGGUGAAGAUACUUAUGACAUAGUGAUCCCUGUCAAAGAUGACCCUGACAAAGGGGAAGCCAGACUUGAGAAUGAGAUACCAAAAACAUCUGGCAGUGAGACGGCAAACAAACGUAUGAAAGUAAAACAUGAUGAUCACUAUGAAUUAAUAGUAGAUGGAAGGGUCUAUUAUAUCUGUAUUGUAUGUAAAAGGUCCUAUGUCUGUCUGACAAGCUUGCGGAGACAUUUUAACAUUCAUUCUUGGGAGAAAAAGUAUCCAUGCCGUUACUGUGAGAAGGUAUUUCCUCUUGCAGAAUAUCGCACAAAACAUGAAAUUCAUCACACAGGGGAGCGAAGGUAUCAGUGUUUGGCCUGUGGCAAAUCUUUUAUCAACUACCAGUUUGUGUCUUCACACAUAAAGUCAGUUCACAGCAAAGAUCCUUCUGGGGAUUCAAAGCUUUAUCGUUUACAUCCAUGCAGGUCUUUACAGAUCAGACGAUAUGCGUACCUUUCUGAUAGGUCAAGCACUAUGCCUGCAAUAAAGGAUGAUGGUAUUGGAUAUAAGGUUGAUGCUGGAAAAGAACCUCCAGUAGGGACCACAUCUACUCCUCAGAACAAGCCAAUGACCUGGGAAGAUAUUUUUAUUCAGCAGGAAAAUGAUUCAAUUUUUAAACAGAAUGUAACAGAUGGCAGUACUGAGUUUGAAUUUAUAAUACCAGAGUCUUACUGAACUUUGAAAUAUCAGAAAGUUUUGGUUUGGAUUAAGGGGCAGGGGCUUCAGAAGACCUGUAAAACAGAUUAAGGUGAAAACAAGUUAAUUUGAUCUGCCACAUCAUCUGAAGGUAGUCCAGUUGGAUUAUUUGUUGAUAAUUUUUAGAAGCAAAUUUUUCUGAAAGUUUGAGUAGAGAUUAAGAAGUCCCUUUCCCCCAAGAAUCUGUUUAUAUAGCUUGCAGCUCAUUUAAAAGA